AUGUCGCGCGUUUUCCACCUUCUCCGGGUGGCAAUCGGCGCCGGGCCCCUUGACGAACCCCCGACGCGUCAACCGGUUGUCACCACAUCCCCGAGUAGUCGGGACGUAGCCGAGGAUGUGAAUGCGGAGCCGACUAAGACGGAUUCCGAGAAGCAGGCAACGUCCAAUGUCCCCGUCGAGACAGGCACAACGGCCAUUAAGGCCGUUCAGGUCAUCUGGGGCAAGAAAGGUAGAUGGCUAGUCAUUGCUGGCUUAUGUCUGAUCAUGAUAGUGUACGAAAUAGACAACAGCACCCUCUACAUCUAUCGCAAUUAUGCUUCGUCCGAAUUUCAGGAGUUGUCUAAACUCGCAACCCUGAGCACCGCCGGAACGAUCAUCUUCGCCGUUAUAAAACCGCCUAUGGCUAAGCUGUCGAACGUUAUCGGCCGCGGCGGCACCUAUUGCAUCGCCAUGUUAUUUUACAUAUUGUCUUACAUCAUCAUGGCCUCGGCUAGGACAUUCAAUGCCUACGCCGCCGGCUCCGUCUUCUACUCCAUAGGACAAUCCUCAACCAACUUGAUGAAUGAUAUCGUCAUCGCUGACUUGACAACCGCCCGCUAUCGAGCUUUCGGCAUUGCCCUCUCGUUCUGGCCCUUUCUAAUAACGCCAUGGACGGCUGCGUUUAUAGUCGAUAGCGUGACGGCACCCGGCGGCAUCGGAUGGCGUUGGGGGAUCGGUCUCUUUGCCAUUAUCAUGCCUUUCUGUGCGAGUUUCAUUGUUACUACGUUAUUGUACUAUCAAGUGAAAGCGGAAAAGGAGGGACUCGCACCUAAACCAAAAAUUUCCCUAUACGAGUUCUGCUCGCAGAUUGACCUUGGCGGUGUGGCCUUAUUUAGCGGUGGCCUGGCUCUCUUGCUCAUACCAAUGACGCUCGCAGCCACUACGCCAUCGGCCUGGAAAACGCCAUGGAUUAUCGCCUUGAUUGUACUUGGCGGAGCACUGCUCAUCGUGCUCCCUUUUUACGAACACUAUUUUGCGAAACACCCAGUGGUACCUCCUCAUUAUUUCAUGGACCCCACGAUUGUCCUCUGUUGCUUGCUUAUAGCUCUGGACAGCGUUGGCUUCUCUGCAACACAUACAUACAUCUAUACAUGGGUCACCGUCGCUCGAGGUUUAAACGCUCGCGACGCAACCUUUUUCACUUAUACGAACGGAGUCACUCAAUGUCUAUUUGGGAUCAUUAUAGGCGUGUUCAUGGCUAAAACACGACGUUACAAGUGGGUGUGUGUAUUGGGCGCGACUAUCCGCUUAAUUGGCUACGGUGUAAUGCUGCGUCUAAGAGGCUCUCAGAAUAGCAUCGCGGAGAUCUUCGUCGUCCAGCUAAUCCAGGGUAUCGGUAGCGGUAUGGUCGGUUCCACCCUGCUCAUCCCCGCCCAGAUUGUCGUUCCCCACGCAGAAAUGCCACAAAUAACUGCAUUAGUCAUCUGCUUUGCCUUCGUUGGGAGUAGCGUAGGGGCCUGCAUCGCCGGUGGAAUUUAUACUGGUACGCUUGAGCCCGAACUGUGGCACUAUUUGGGCAACGGAGCGACCGCAGAAGCUGUAUCGGCAUUGGUGAACUCGAUUACGGGCGUUGCGCCUGAAUGGGGUACGCCUGCGCGGACAGCCGUCAACUUAGCGUUCACGGAAGUCAUGAAAUAUAUGACAUACGCAGCUGUAGGGUCCUCGGCAGUCGCCUUCAUCGGAUCACUCUUCAUACCAAACUUCGAGUUACCUGAUAAGAAUAACCUCGUAGAGUAA